UCACGUCACCUCAAAGGAUGAUGUCAUGGACAAGCUGCUCGGUAUUCCUGCGUGAUGGUCAGAGCGCCCUCCUCAGGCUACUUCCCGCACCUGACCUCCUCACCCCAAACAAAGAGACCGGCCAUGUGACCUGAAUCCUCGUCCUGCUGUAGGAGAGACAGGGAUCUGUGCUGCCAGACAGCAGGGUUUACAGAGAAACUGAGCUGGGAAAACAGUGGUGAUGAAUCAGUGUUCAUCUUCCCCGUUUUUACAGUACUUUCCAUUAAUGGCUCAGCAGGAGUACAAGACGCUCAAUGACUAUCUGUUCGAGUAUAAAGGAAUGACCUUCCCCAUAGGCGAGGAUUAUAACAUUACUCCGGAGUUCAUAGACAGCUUAGAGCACUUUGAGAUCAGAGACAGCGAUGUCUUCCUUGUCACCUUCCCGAAAUCUGGUACUGUGUGGACCCAGCGCAUAAUUACCCAGCUCUUCAACGACACCUUUCCGGACGAUGUGGACCAGUUCACAUACAUCCGCAUGCCUUGGCUGGAAUUCGUAGAAAAGAGUAUGGAUUACAACAGUCGCCCGUCCCCCAGGCUCUUCUGUUCUCACCUCCAGGAGCAAGUGGUUCCCAGAGGCUUGCAUAAAAAAACGGCCAAGGUCAUUUAUGUUACCAGGAAUCCCAAAGACACCAUGGCUUCCUACUUCCACUUCUCCAAGUUCAUGAUCAAGCUGGAACAACACAAAGACAUGAACCAAAUGAUGGACAGAUUUCUCCGUGGAUGGAUGAUUGGUGGUUCCUGGUUUGACCAUGUUACGGGCUGGUACAAGAACAGAGACAAGUACAACAUCCUGUUCUUAAGCUAUGAGGAGAUGAUCAAGGACCUAAGGUCCAACAUUGUGAAGAUCUGCGAGUUCCUGGGGAAGAACUUGUCCGAUGCCGCCAUCGACAGGGUGGUGGAGAUGUCCACCUUUAAGAACAUGAAGGACGACAUCAAAGCCAACUACGAAUCACUACCUAAUGAUGUCAUGGACAAAGACAAGGGGAAGUUUCUACGCAAAGGUACGAUCGGGGACUGGAAAAAUUUACUGACAGUGGCACAGAAUGAGAAGUUUGACCAAGUGUUCCAGGAGAAGAUGAAAGAUGUGCCAUUAACCUUCAUCUGGGAUGUCGAUGAGCUGCACGGAUGACAAGGACACGGAGACACUGUGACUUUAAUGAGUUACAGUCCCACAGAAGAUAAAAGGAAAUGCUGAUUCCUGGAUAUAAAUGGACUAUCGCAGAUUACACCACCCACUCCAACACUGCCGCCUUAACCACCCAAAAUAAAAUUUCAGAUCAUA